CUCAAAUGAGACGUUGUAGUCCGCCUCCUAAGGAAUCAGUUCUUGGACAGCUCACAAACUGAGUAAAGUUUUGGACCUUGAUAAUUUGUGUGCAUCUGGCAGACCCUCCUCUGUCAGUACCCCUUCUCUCUGUAGCUGUUGUGUGCUCAGCCACAAAGUUCAUGACGGUUGCUGACGGUGACACUUUAGCGCUCAUCAUGCCUGUCCGAGCAGAGUGCUGCAGUGCUAUCGGCUCGGCCUGCUCAUCCUCGGCCUCUCUUGUUCCCCCUGCCCCGAUCAACACCUACCAGCCGGGUGUAGCUACCUCACUGCUGUACAGCGGCGCACAGUUUCGGGGUUACCAGAAGAGCAAAGGCAACGCUUACGACGUUGAGGUUGUUUUGCAGCAUGUGACUGUGGAGGACUCUUACUUGUGUGGAUACCUGAAGAUCAAAGGCCUGACUGAGGAGUAUCCCACUCUCACAACGUUCUUUGCUGGUGAAAUUAUCAGUCGAAAGAGGCCUUUCUUAACCAGGAAGUGGGAUGCAGAUGAAGAUGUUGACAGAAAACACUGGGGUAAGUUUCAGCCUUUUUACAAAUAUGCCAAAAGCUUCAAUUCGGACGACUUUGACUAUGACGCACUGGACAACAGUGAUUACGUCUUCAUGAGGUGGAAGGAGCAGUUUCUGGUUCCAGACCACACUAUCAAAGACAUCAGCGGUGCCUCCUUUGCAGGCUUCUAUUACAUCUGCUUCCAGAAGUCCACAGCCACUAUUGAGGGGUAUUAUUACCAUAGGAGUUCUGAAUGGUACCAGUCGCUAAACCUAAACCAUGUUCAGGUGCACAGUGUGCCCAUUUAUGAAUUUCGAGCGAGGCUGCGAGGCUCGUGUCGCCACUGGACUACUCAGAACACCCUGUCACGUCUCCGGGGUUUGGUCAUGGAGGCCCAGCGGUAUCCCCUCAGUGUCCGUUUAAUCGGAGUGAUGCACAAGGAGAAGAGCAAAAUGUACAUGACCUCCGUGCUUUGGUCCGAUCAGAGUGACGUCGUUGUUUACAGAACUUUUCAGGAUUUCAAGAAAUUGCACAAACAAAUGAAGAAAGCGUUCCCGACAACAAGUAAACUGAGAAAAUCAGAGAGAGUCAUCCCCAGAUUUAGAGAGAGGGGGAUGAAGCGGGGCGGUCGAAGGAAGGGUCCCAAUAAAUCGCUCGUGCGCCUCAAGUUCUUGCAGAAAUAUUGCAACGAGCUCCUGAGCUGCGACCAGCGGGUCACUCAGUCUGCAGACCUCAUCCAGUUCUUCCACCCCAAAGACCAGGACCUGCAGCCGGAGUUCAAGAAGAACAGCAUCAUGAUCAUGCCAUCAGAUGAUGAAAUCAGGGAGAACGCAGUACAAGGCGGCAACGUGACCCAGCCGUUUGUCACAGAGACGUACAGAUGUGUGGCCCCGUACGAGACCAAAGACACCAAGAACAAAGCGUUCAAAGUGGCAUUGGAUGAAAAAGUGGACGUACUUAUCAAGGACAAAGCAGGGUGGUGGCUUGUGGAGAACGAAGACAAAAAGAUGGCCUGGUUCCCUGCCCCCUAUUUGGAGAAGCUAUAUGAGGAUGACAAUGAGGAUGAAGAUGACAUAGAAGGGACUACUGAAAGAGGAACACUGUGCACUGCGAUCAAGAGCUACAAGGCCACCAAAGAUGAUGAGAUAACCGUGAACAUCGGUGCAGUGGUGGAGGUCCUGCAGAAGUCCGACAACGGCUGGUGGCUCAUCAGAUAUAAUGGUAAAGCAGGUUACAUCCCCACCAUGUACCUGCAGCCCUACAACUACCCUCAUAUCCGCAUGGCAGUCCACAAUCAAGAUCGUCGUACCUCCAACCAGCUCCCAGUCCCCUCCUCCACGCUGGAUCAGUCCCACCAGCUCAGCCGCUCUCAAGGGAACCUGCUGCAACUUCCGCCUUUAAGGUCGUCCUCACCCCGCCCGCUCCAACCAGACAGCAAGCAGAGGGCGCACUCUCUUAACACCCUGUCUGAGCAACUUCCUGCUCAGCCUGCACCCAGCGCCCCUGCUACCAGCGUUGCCUCCACACCUGCCACUGCACAGCACAGUUCUCCACCCACCAUCAUGGUGGAGAUGGAAGGAGAGGAGGAACAUGGCAAGAGCCUGAGGUCAGACAGCAUGGGAAGCUUUGUGAGCAGCAGCAGCAGCAACUUCAGCUUCAGCGAUGACCUCAUGUCCUCGGCGAGCUCAUCCCUCAACCUGAGCCACAGCGCCAACGAUGAACAGCUACGCCUCAGCCGUACGCCUCAGCCCGUGGCAAGCAACCGCCUCAGCCCAACAAGUGGCUUGGAGGGGAAAAUGAUCCCCAGCGUCUCUGAUCCCAACCUCUACAAGGGGCCCACAACACCAAAGGUGCCGCCCAGGCCGCAAGCUCAGGAGAUCCUCACCCGCUGCAGUACUGUCACCCGCAAGAACGCAGCCAGAGGCGGUGUGUCACCCACACCGACCGAGAUACUGAGCCGAUGAAGUUUCUGUUGACACCAACGUCGGUUUUAUUUUUAUAAUUUAAACACCAGUGUGUAGGAUUUAAUGGUGUCUAGCUGUGAGGAGAACCUAUGGUGGCCCCUUUGUCCAUUCUGGGCUAGAAGAUGGCAGAGGACCUGCUCCCUAUGUAAAUAUGAAUGGGUAAAUCUAAGCUUAAACUAUUCUUAGUUUCACUUGAUUAAAUCCUUAAGACUGAUCAGAAAACUAAAUGCAUUAUUUGCCUUGAUAGCACUGUGGGAAUAUGCGAUAGAAAUUAAGUUGUCAAUACCCCUUGAAUAGAAUAUUUUCUGAAUAGAAAAAAUAACUUCUCAGUUUUGUUAAUGUUGUCUGCUAUGUAUAAUGUGCAUGUUUACAACAAAAUCAGCUACAUUUAAAUCAGCUUUAAUGUAUAAACAUGAUGAUUAAUCAAGAUACACUAAACAUGCAUAACUCACCUCUUUACUAUCUGUUUUGAAUGAUUUAUUUUCCAUACUGGAAACCUUAUGUUGUGCCUUAUAUGCAUUUUCACUGUGCCGAGUGCACAGAGUGAUCGAUUUGUUCCUGUAACUGCAGAAAAAGUAAAUGUUUGUAUGACAGAUCAGUUCUGUUUUCCCGUUAAAGCAUGUUUACAGAAAUCUCCACUUGAAGAAUGGAAUGUGUGUGAUUAACACUGAAUACACACCCAAUAUUAUAUUAGAUAAAAAUUGUGGGCAUAUUCCUUUAUUACUGAGAAGCUUUGUACAAAUAUAAGCAUGGAUUGAUAAGAUUAAGCUUCAUGUGCCCCACCUUAACUUUGCAAAAAUAUGAAGAAAUAAAAAAGGUCAAAAGCA